AUGACCUUGAAAAUUGGCUUUUUAUAUUACGUGGGCCUUUUAUAUAAAGAUUUUAAAAAAUGUGCCUGCAAGACCAAAGUGCCUGUAGCUGAACGGGAUUUUCUGUUAGAUCAGCGAACCACUCAAAAAAUAGCAAUUGGCAAUGUUGACGCCAAGGUUGGUAAAAUAAUCCAAAAAAAAUUAGAGCGUAAAACUAAGGCGGAAGAAAGAAAACAGCGACAUCUCUUGAAAGAAACUGAAACAGAUAACCAGUCGGAAGUACCUUCUUCUUCCAGUAAAAAUAGUAAUAUUAUAGAAAAAGAAUAUUCCCAGGCAAAUAGCGAAAGUUCUAUAGAAAAAAGCUGCCCCUCAACUUCUCAAAUGAGUCUAAAACUUCCAAGUUUAGCGCAAGCUUGCGAUAGAAUAGGCGUAUCCGAUAGAUCUGCCGCAAUUAUUGUAAAUGCAGCUCUAACAGAUAUGGAAAUUUUAAUCAAAGAAGACCCCUCCAAGAUCGUCGAUCGAAGCAAAAUAAGAAGAGGGAGAACAAAAGCGCGUAGUGACCUAAAAAGAAAAGAUAAGGAAAUAUCAUUUCCAUUAUAUGUUUCUCUUAGACGACCUUUACAAUGGUUCGUUUGUUUGUUACAUGCAAACGAACUUCCUUUGCGUCAUCUACUGCAAAAUUUGGACGGCGGUACUAUUGGGCCUAAAGGAUAUAGCGGCGAAAUAGGAAAACAUUUGGGAAACUGUAAAAAAAUGCCUGUUAAAAAGUUUGAAAAAAUCGAAACUACUUUGCCUGCAAUUGCUCCAAGUGAACUUAGUACCGACCAGCAAUACCUUUAUGAAAUCUGUACUGCAAUUUCAACAAGAAACAUUUCUUUGAGUUUGUCGCAGAGAGGACCAGGAAAAUUGAAUCAUUCCAGGUGGUUAAUUACAGCCAAUCGAAUUUUGAGAUUAUAUGUUGGUACCGAAAAUCCAUCAACAAAUCUUAAAAUUUUAACGCAAUAUAUUAUGAAAGUGUAUGCUAUUUCAUGGUUUGAAAUAAAAUCUAAACCUUCCUGUAGGCAUGGCAGCAAACAUGUUUUUGGAAUUAUUCAAAAAUGCAGAUUCUUACCAGAAGAAAUUAUAAAUAUUAUUGAUCCUGUCAUUCAAAGAAACGGGAACUUUGCUCACCCAGAAAACAUGUUGUUAGUUAUGCUCUCUGAUAGUAGAAAAGCAGUAAGAGAAUUAGGUUUAAGAAGACUGCUAAAAUGUAGACAACACAAGCCAUUAGGACUAAAAGUACGAAUGAUUACUCGCAUCGGAACUUGGGUAACAGAUCACAUAGAAACAGAAACAAAUGUGCAAAAUAUUCAAGUUAGGCAUGUUAAAUUACAAAAAUUAUUUGACGAUUAUGAUGAAAUUCAGCUCUCUAUUCAGGCACAAAUUGAUGAGACAAACAUUGACUCAGAAGAUAGUGACGUCACAGAAACUUUGGUUUAUGAUCUGCUCGCACAAUUACAGGGGGCUAUUAGUACUAAACAUUCUAGAAAUGAGUGUCCUUUAGGUGGAUGUCGGGCUUGCUCUGGUCGACACCACACUCUUCUUCACGAUCCUACCUACCGAUCUUUUGGUGGAAACGCACCAUCUUCUCAAACAAACAAUUAUUCUCGAAAUGGAGAAAAUCGCACUGCUCAUUCCAAUCAACGGCAAUCCUCUUUCGCGCAACAAAAUAGAAAUCAAUGUCAAACUACUUAUCAAAGAAAUUCUCAGGCUCAAAAUAUAUCUCACAGAAAUAUCUCUCAAACUUCAGCUCUUACCUCAGAAAGAAACCUUCCAAAUGACGUUCAAGAAAAUAUGUCGCAACCCCCUUUAAUUGAAAAUCAAUCCUUGCUCACAAACAGUUUGACCUUGUCAACCUUCUCUUCCACACCCUCUCUAGUACUCCUAGCAACUGCUGUGGUUACUAUAUAUGACAAAUAUGGAGUCCCUACAAAGGCUAGAAUUUUGUUAGAUUCAGCAAGUCAAAACUCGUUUGUAACUGAAAAUUUAGUCCAACGCCUUAACUAUGUCCCUUACAAUCAACCCUUAAGAAUAAGUGGUAUUUCCAAAGGCUCACUUGAAUGUAACAAAAUGGUGAAUAUUAUGAUUCAUUCAAAUGUCUAUGAAAACCAAAGUUUUUCGUUAUCUUGUGCUGUUCUUCCUGUGAUAACCUGUAAACUCCCUCAAAUACCAAUUAAUAAAGAAAAGUUAAAAAUUCCCCACCACUUUAGACUAAGCGACCCCAACUACGACUCCCCCUCUGAAAUAGAUAUGCUCAUUGGCGCAGAUUUAUAUUAUAAUCUGUAUACCAACGAUACAUAUCAUUUAGGAAAGAAUCUUCCAGUGUUAAUAAAUACCUACCUGGGCUGGGUUAUUGCAGGACAUGCUCCUAUUUUGUAUGGUCAACAUACAAUGUCAAAGUCCCUCGUAAAUUGUGCCUCUGUUCAUACAGCAACUAUGGAAAGUGUUUCUAUGCUCACCUUUGAAACUCCCUCUCUGGAUUCCAUCAUGGAAAAAUUUUGGAAAAUAGAAGAACUCCCCCAAAAAGUACACCAUUCAGAAGAUGAUAUUCUUACUGAGGAAAUAUUCGUGUCAACUACCAAGUUGUUACCAAGCGGUAGAUUUCAAGUAAAUCUCCCCUUAAAAGUCCCAGCUGAGAAUCUAGGUGAUUCAUUUUUUAUUGCUCAGAAAAGAUUUGAAAACCUUGAAAAAAAGUUUAAACAUGACCCCGAAUAUUUUUGUAAAUAUCAAGAUUUCAUUCAUGAAUACCUAACCUUAGGUCAUGCAAAAAUUGUCCCUCUUUCACUGAGUGACAAGAAUGUAGUUAAAUAUUUUUUCCCCCAUCAUGCUGUUUUAAAUCAACAUAGCACGACCACUAAAUUCAGGGUGGUUUUUGAUGGUUCGUGUAAGUCCUCUUCAAACUUGUCGAUAAAUGACAUAAUGCACAAAGGCUAUCAGGUACAACCUGAGUUAUUUGAUAUUAUAUGUCGCUUCAGGACAUAUAAAUAUGUACUCACAUGCGAUAUUGAGAAAAUGUAUCGCCAAAUACAAAUCAAUCCUAGUCAAACAUCCCUACAAAAUAUUCUGUGGCGAGAUGACCAAAACUCCCCCUUGAAUUGUAUCGAGCUGCUGACGGUCACCUACGGCACAAAUUGUGCACCCUUUCUGGCUACUAGAGUUUUACUUGAGAUAGCUACUCAAAAUAAAGAAAUGUAUCCUCUUGCGUCAUAUGCUCUUCUACACCAAUUUUAUGUAGACGAUGGAUUAUCCGGAGUAGAUAAAUUUAAUGAUUUAAAAUUACUUUAUAAUCAACUGACUACUCUUCUAAAAUCUCAUGGAUUUUUAUUGCAUAAAUGGUGCUCCAACUCUCAAGAAUUUUUAUCAUCAAUUGCACAAGGAAAACCCAAAGAAUAUGACUUAAACUUUGGUGACACUCCUAACAAAGUAUUGGGACUUAUAUGGAAUCCUAUCCACGAUUUGUUAGGUAUUGCACUUCCCUGCACGCAAUUAGUUGGUCCAUUUUCAAAGAGAAAAAUUUUAUCCAUUAUCGCACAAUGUUACGAUCCCUUGGGAUUAUUAUCUCCCGUAAUCGUAAUUGGAAAACUGAUCAUCCAAAAACUUUGGAUGUCUCAAUUAGAUUGGGAUACAGAGAUCACGGAAAAGCCCCUUAUUGAGGAAUGGACUAAUCUAAUCUCAAAUCUGAACACUCUUGCCAAUUUAAAAAUUCCUAGAUGGUUGUUCUCUAAUAAAAUCAUAAAAAGAAUAGAAUUCCAUGGAUUUGCUGAUGCCAGUACAAAGGCAUAUGCGGCAUGUGUUUAUGUUCGAACGAUAGUAGAAGAUACCACAGUUCAUACCUCAUUAGUCUCCUCAAAAUCUCGAGUAUGUCCUCUUAAGGUGGUAUCUCUCCCCAGGCUCGAAUUAUGUGCUAUGCUCUUGUUGUCACAAUUAGUGGUCAAACUUAUUAAAAUUUUCGAACAACGCAUUACUCCUGAAAUAGUACAUUUGUGGUCUGACUCCCAAAUAGCUUUAUGCUGGAUAAAAUCUCAUCCGAGUAAUUGGACCACAUUUGUAGCUAAUAGGGUGUCUCAAAUCCAGGAGAUGACAUCAAGUUUCUGUUGGCAUCACAUAAGAUCAGCCGAUAAUCCGGCGGAUCUCCCUUCUCGAGGUGUUUUGCCACAAGAUAUUAUCGACUGUGAUUUAUGGUGGCAUGGCCCUAAAUUUCUGAAAACCCCUAUUAUUGAUUUUGACAACCUAUAUGAAUUCUCUAUACCCAAUAAUAUCCCAGAAGCAAAAAAGACUUCUCAUUUAAACGUUGAAAAUAUCAACCCUCAUGUUUUCUCUAAUCUUUUUUCUCAUUUCUCACGGUUUGAACGUUUGCAUCGUUCUGUUGCAUACAUUUUAAGGUUCAUCCAUAACUCAUCAAAACCAGCUCUAAAGGUUACUGGCAUUUUGUCAGUUCCAGAACUCCAAAACUCUCUCAAAUUAAUUGUGAAAAUCUUACAAGAACAACAUUUUCCAAAUGAACGAAAGGCUCUUUUAAACAAGCAGUUAAUUAAAGAUAAACAUAUUUUAGUCCUCAAUCCAUUUAUAGACAGGGAUGGAAUAAUUCGUGUUGGUGGAAGAUUAAGCAACGCGAAUGUUGAUUUCGAUCAAAAACACCCGAUGUUACUGCCAUCACAUAACACUGUAGUGUCCAUGAUGUUACAUCAGGAACACAUAAGACUCGGACAUGCUGGUCCACAAACUGUCCUGUCUAACUUCAGAUUAAGAUUCUGGCCUCUCAAUGGGCUCAGGGAAACAAAACGUCUCAUCAGAAAAUGUGUAAAAUGUUUUCGUUUCAGAGCAUCCCCAGCUCAACAAAUAAUGUCUGAAUUACCUGAGUCCCGAGUUACUGUAUCUCGACCUUUUAAUAAGGUAGGAGUGGAUUAUGGAGGUCCCUUCUUAAUUAAAUCCUCAAAUCUUCGAAAGGCUCCUCUUAGUAAGUCUUACAUCGCAAUAUUUGUAUGUAUGGCUACUAAAUCUGUACAUAUAGAGUUAGUGACAGAUGUUUCAACUGAAGGAUUCAUUUCGUCUCUUAAACGUUUCAUUGCACGUAGGGGAAAUCCUGCACAGAUAUUUAGCGAUAAUGCUACAAACUUUUUGGGUGCAAGUAACCAAAUAAAGGAAAUAUUUGACUUUUUCAAAAAUUCUGAUAAUUCAAGUAAACUCGAAACUUUCACCGCUACACAAGGGAUUGAGUUUAAAUUUAUACCACCAAGAAGUCCACAUUGGGGUGGCAUUUGGGAAAGUGCCAUAAAAAGCGUAAAGUAUCACAUAAAAAGGUUAAUUGGUGAAUCCCGUAUGACUUACGAACAAUUUUCUACAAUACUCUGUGAGAUUGAAGCCAUACUCAAUUCGAGACCCUUGAGUGCUCUGUCCAACGACCCUAACGAUUUGACACCGCUCACUCCCGGACACUUCUUGAUAGGCACUAGUCUCACAUCAAUUCCUGAAAAAGAUAUAACAGCUAUCCCCGAAAACCGACUGAAGUACUGGCAACGCUGUUCCCAAAUUAAACAGUGCUUUUGGAAAAGGUGGACUGUAGACUAUUUUAAUCGGCUUCAGACUCGACCAAAAUGGUUGAAACCCUUGCCCAAUCUUCAAGUCAAUGAUCUUGUUUUGAUAAAAGAGGAUGACACACCCCCACUCAAAUGGCCUUUAGGUCGUAUUAUAGAAACGAUGCCUGGUAAGGAUGGCAAAGUUCGUGUCGUUAAAUUAAGGACUCAGCACGGAGUCUAUACACGUUCGAUUGCUAAGGUGUGUCCUCUCCCAAAUUCUGACUCUGAGGAAUCUGAUCUUCCUGGAUUCAACGAUGCAACAACUUGUAUUGUUGACCCUUAA